UUGUCGCUUGCUCUCCUGGCUGUUUGUUUUUCUGACCAAUAAGUAACAGUACACUUAAAGGGGAAUAUUUAUUUAGUUUUUGUGUAUAUAUUUACAGUGUGGCUGUUUCAACUAAUACGGCGUUUCUCUCUGAAUAGAUAUCUGGAUGUAAAGUGUUGUUUGGCGGUUUACAAACUCCUAAGGACUGAUGCAACAUGGCAGCAACUGCUGUCACCAAGUGUUUACUGUCAGCAUUAAGGACUCACACUCGGUGUCAGAGCCGUGGACUUAACUCCGUGGCAGAGAGGACAGUCAGCCGAGUCUCCUCUGUUAUGGUGUGUAACCACCGGGGCGCAGAGGGAGACACACGCCUGGACAGGAGAGCUCCUGCUGGGGACAGAAGAGGCGGUCGGGACAGCAGCGGCUCCCCGGUGGUGAAGUCGGUGUCGGUGGGUUUGGGUCUCUGUGCGGCGGCGCUGCUGGACAGUCACGAAGAGGACAAGAGAGUUUCAGUAUCAGGACGGUUCCUAGAAUUCAUUCUGCCUUCAGCUCACUGUGCUUCGCCCUUUAAACCUGACAGCCCUCGGUAUAAAUACAACUUUAUUGCAGAUGUAGUGGAAAAAUCCACUCCAGCUGUGGUGUACAUCGAGAUCGUUGGCAGACACCCUUUUUCUGGAAGAGAAGUCCCAGUGUCAAAUGGCUCCGGUUUUAUUAUCAGCAGCGAUGGCCUCAUAGUCACCAAUGCCCACGUCGUGGCCAACAAGAGGGGCGUUCGUGUGAAGCUCACCAAUGGAGACAUGUACCACGCCUCAGUGCAGGAUGUUGAUCCUGUGGCAGACAUUGCCACCAUCAAAAUCACAGCACAGAAUCCUUUACCCACGCUCACGCUUGGCCAGUCGUGUGGUGUUCGACAAGGAGAGUUUGUGGUUGCCAUGGGAAGCCCGUUCGCUUUGCGGAAUACAAUCACAUCAGGCAUUGUCAGCUCAGUACAGAGAGGCAGUAAGGAGCUGGGUCUGUCCAAUCCCAACAUGGAGUACAUUCAGACAGACGCAGCCAUCGAUUUUGGAAACUCUGGAGGUCCCCUGAUUAAUUUGGACGGCGAAGUCAUCGGGAUAAACACCAUGAAAGUCACAGCAGGCAUCUCCUUUGCAAUUCCGUCUGAUCGCGUCAAACUUUUUCUCGAUCAAGCAGCGAGAAAAAGGAGUGCCUGGUUUGGCGGAUCAGAGACAAAGCGGCGCUACAUCGGUGUUAUGAUGCUGACGCUGUCACAGAGCAUCAUUACUGAGUUGAAGUUGAGAGACCCGUCCUUUCCAGAUGUGACACACGGCAUCCUGAUUCACAAAGUCAUCAUGGGCUCCCCGGCUGACAGGGCUGGCAUGCUACCAGGAGACAUCGUGGUGGAGAUAAACGGGGUCAAGGUGAACACGUCAGAGGAGAUCUACCAGGCAGUCCGCAGCAGCGACCAAAUCACUAUGGUGGUGCAGAGAGGAAACGAGUUGGUGCGACUGCAAAUGACUCCUGAAUACACAGAGUGACAACAAUCCCACUAUUUGCUAACUUCAUGUUAGCCUGAAGGACAGACGGCCGCAUUGUUGGCUCACAUACACAAGAGAAGGAAACUGUGAACCCGAACAGUGACUGUGGUCAAAUGGAAAUCUGUUUGUCGUUGAGUAAAGAUUUAAUGAAG